ACCACACUGACUGGAAUUAGUGUAGUCGAGUGGUUAGACUACCACUUAUAGGACAUUAGCAAAUACCCGAAACAUCAAGAAAUGGGCGCAAAGAAAUCAAAUUGCCUAUACAAGUUCGUGACUAAGAUACUGGAUAUGAGAAGUUUGCCCAAACUGACCUCUAGAUCAUUCUUAAUUCAGGGGUUUUUGGUUUGUAGCGUUAGUGCGGUAUUUUCUUCUGACCUGUCUCAUUGCGCGCACAAUGCUCGCCACUGCAACAUGGUUGUGUCGUAGCCAUCAUGUCUCGAAACUGGCUAACCAACUACACCGCUCAACACCUUUCGUUAAACCGUCUAUAUCAAAUCAUUCUGUUCGAUUGUUUCGCACAUUUCCAGUAGUUAAUAGUUCUAUACGUAGGCGUGUGGGGCGUAUCAAUCUAAAAUCAGGAGCUACGGAGUUUGAACAUUCCCUCAGUAAGUUAUACAACUAACUAGCAUCUGAAUCUAUAAGCCUUCACGCAGGUACCUUUUGUCUACUUUAUGUAACCUAAUCUAACCACUGAGUGUCAAGUGAAAUACGCUCUCUAUGUUACGGCCAUUUUCAUUCGAUAUUUCCUAAGUGAUGUUUUCAUGAAUGAUAAUAGAGAUCUAACAUUUGUUUAUGAUGAAACUUAGUGGCGAUAGCCUCUGUCCAACUAAUGGAGAGCUCGUUUUGCUCAUUUGCCUAGCAAAUGCUUUGAUAGAUCAACCAAAAACUCGAGAUUUUCAAACACAUGACAACGAUUUCAGUAAAACUCGAGCUUUAGUGGGUGCUGCAGCUGCAAUUAGUAUUGGUGGUCUUUGUCUUUAUGGUUUAGCUGGCAAGGAUAGUUCACUCUCAGCUUUUGAUCGUUCAGUUGCUUGGCCGGAUUACGUUAAACAGCGUAUUCGAACGACGUAUGGCUAUUUACUAGCCAGUGCUACAAUUGCAGCUGGUUCAACUAUCGCAUUGUUUCAGUCUCCUACUAUGUGUCGUUUGAUGCUAAGUGGUGGGUGGCUUGCUCCUAUUGGAAUGGCAGUAUUGAGUAUAGCUACAGGAGUUAUUUGUCAGUCACUUACAUAUCCACAAUCGGGUCUAAGUGUUAAGCAUUUAGCAUGGGUUGCAUAUUCUGUGAGUUUAGGCGGUAUCCUGAUGCCUAUAUGCUUAGUUGGCGGACCCAUUCUUAUUCAGGCUGCUUUGUAUACUGGAGGUAUAGUGGGUUCCUUGUCACUGGUUGCAGUGACAGCACCAUCAGACCGUUUCAUCAACUGGGGUGGUCCUUUGGCGAUUGGUUUAGGAGUUGUUUUUGUGUCAUCUGUCGGUUCCAUGUUUCUAUCUCCUGUAAGUCGUUUGGGAUCUGGUUUAGCGUCUAUCAGUCUUUACGGUGGCCUUCUUCUGUUUUCUGGAUUCCUACUUUACGAUACACAACAUGUGAUAAGACGGGCAGAAUCUCAUCCCCCUCCGAAUUUCUAUUUACCAACUAACAAAGGAUUUCAGAAUCCAGAAGUAUUAAAACCAUUUGACCCGAUCAACAAUUCCAUUCGAAUUUUAUUGGAUGCUGUGAACAUAUUUGUUCGCAUAGCAGUAAUGUUAUCUGGUGGUGGCCAACGUAAGAAAUGAAGUUUAUUUACUAUCUUAUUCUCACCAAACAACGAACUACAUUUCUAUCUUUUAUGACAUUAAAAUUUAUUUGAUUUAUCAAGUGCUUGUGUUAAUCAUCAAAUCGAAUAAAUGUCAUUCGUGUUUUAGCGUGUAAGUUAGUGAUUUCCAUAUCAGUUGCAUCAUGUUUGAAACGAAUGAGACUUAGUAGUUUGAAUUGAAAAUACUUUAAAGUGAAUAA